AAGAAAUGUCUUCCUUUCACCUUCGCCGCGCGCCGGGGAUUUCGCGCGGCGUGGCUCGCGUCGCGAAGGACUGGAAACGCGCCCGACGGUUCCGGUUGGUGGGGCCCGCGCUGCCGGCGUGUCCCACGAAGGUGGCCCCCACGGUGGUGGAGACGACCCAUGAAAGUAACAGUGCCUUCGCGCGCCCGUCCACCACCUUCAGCUUCAGCCGCGAUCCGAGCCAGUCGUGCGCUCUUCGUCUUAGAGAACGGUGGUGCUCUUCUUCGGUACGGCUUCUUUUUCCCUUUCUUUCUCUUUCUCUUUCUCACUCUCUCUAUCUCUCCUCCCUCUCUCUCCCACUUUCUCGCACACCUCUCAGCCACCGCAACCGUCGCGUCGUCUUUUCAGUGUCGUCGUACAGACACAAGGUCGCGAGUGCAAACGGCGAUUCGCGUUUCGCCGACGUGGGCCUGUGCGAGAGCCUCCUCCGGAUCGCGCAAGGCGAGACACACGCGCAGCUGACGCGCAAUGACCGCGAGUUGAGGAGCGACAUCCCCAACACAGGCGAGAUUAAAUUACUGGCGGAUUCGAUCAAAAAGCGGCAGUCAUGGAUUGGGAGGUGCGUGCGGCGCUGGUUCUCCUCUUGGGGAUUCUACUCGCGACGAUACAACAUGGAAUCGCCGAGCGCAAAAUCGUCUGCUAUUACACGAACUGGUCGGUGUACCGGCCCGGUACGGCGAAGUUCUCCCCACAGAACAUCAAUCCGUACCUGUGCACCCACCUGAUCUACGCGUUCGGCGGCUUCACGAAGGACAACGCGCUGAAGCCGUUCGACAAGUAUCAGGACAUCGAAAAAGGUGGGUACGCGAAGUUUACCGGCCUGAAGACUUACAAUAAGAACCUGAAAACAAUGCUGGCGAUCGGUGGCUGGAACGAGGGCUCCAGCCGAUUCUCACCGAUGGUGGCAGACCCGGCUAGACGGCGGGAAUUCGUCAAGAACGCCGUCAAGUUUCUCAGGCAGAAUCACUUCGACGGCCUCGAUCUCGACUGGGAAUAUCCGGCCUUCAGGGACGGCGGGAAGCCGCGAGAUAAGGACAAUUACGCCAACCUCGUCCAGGAACUCCGCGAAGAGUUCGAGCGCGAAGCCUCGAAGACUGGCAGACCGCGGCUACUGUUGUCAAUGGCGAUGCCGGCCGGUAUCGAGUACAUAGACAAGGGUUACGACAUGCCUAGGCUGAACCAGUACUUGGACUUCAUCAAUCUUCUAUCCUACGACUAUCACUCGGCGUAUGAGCCCGCUGUCAAUCACCACUCGCCGUUGUAUCCCUUGGAGGAGGACAACGAGUACAAUUACGACGCCGAGUUGACUAUCGACUAUACGAUCAGCCAUCUCAUGGAGAAAGGUGCGUCCGCGAAUAAGAUCGUUCUUGGAAUACCGACGUAUGGCCGUUCAUACACUUUAUUCAACAAAGACGCGACCGAGCUUGGGUCACCCGCGGAUGGUCCGGGCGUCGAAGGAGAUGCCACUCGAGAGAAAGGCUACCUUGCCUAUUACGAGAUCUGCGAGGGUAUAGCAGAAUCCGACGAGUGGGAGGUCGUCCAGCCGAAUCCCAACGCCAUGGGACCGUACGCUUUCAAAGCCGACCAAUGGGUGGGCUACGACGACGAGGACAUAGUCAAACUGAAGGCCCGCUAUGUGAACGAGAAGAAGCUGGGUGGUAUUAUGUUCUGGUCGAUCGACAACGAUGACUUCCGCGGCAAAUGUCAUGGACGACCUUACCCGUUGAUCGAGGCGGCCAAAGAGGCCUUGCUCACGGACAACAGCAAAAAUACGAUCGACAAGACGAAGUCGGUGGACAGUCGGAAGAAGACGCGCAUCCAGACUAACCAGAGCAAUUCCGUUGCGCGCAAGUUGGGCUCGAGCAGUCGAAGAAGCACAACCACCACGGCGCCUUCGACUGCGAGGAAACGCGUGUCCUCGCAGAGAACAAAGUAUCGUACCAUCUCGAGGUCGAAGGCGAGCGACGAGGAGCAAGAGGAUCGAGAGGUGUCGAGGAGAUCCUACGAACCUUCGCCCGACGAAGACAUAGAAGCUAAAAACACCGUCAGGGUCACUGAGAAGAUCGAGCGACCGAAGAAUCGGAGUCGAAGCAAGACGAGAAGCGGCUCCGCUGAUCGCAGUUCCCGCAGGAAGCAAUCCAGACGCAAAGGCCAGACCAAGACUGACGACGGCGAGUCUUUGAGCAACAAGUUGACGACGCCCGAGCCACCGACUACUCCUGACCCAGGAACUGACUUUAAGUGCGAGGACGAGGGCUUUUUCCCGCAUCCCCGUGAUUGCAAGAAGUACUUCUGGUGCUUGGAUAGCGGCCCAAGCGGGCUUGGCGUAGUUGCCCAUCAGUUUACCUGCCCCUCAGGAUUGGUGUUCAACAAAGCGGCAGACUCCUGCGAUUAUCCCCGUAAUGUGAUCUGCCCCAAGUCGAAGACGUCCGUCGUCUCGACCACCAGGUCGCCCAUUACGGCCGCGACCAGCCGCACGACUUAUCUGCACAGCACAACGACCCCGAAAGCCGAAGCAGAAGAGGAGGAAUACGAUUCAGAGGAAGAUUACGAUGAGGACGAGAUCGAAGAGAACGAAGAAGAGGAGGAACCAAAAACCACCACGACGACGGCGAAGCCACUUGUGUACAAAACGCUCACCAGAAGCAGACCAAGUACAACCACCACCACAACGUUGAGACCGAGCGAGCCGGAGAAAGCCAUCGACAGCGAGGAUGAGGAGGAUCCGCGGGUGAUCAAGGAGCUGAUUGAUCUUAUUAAAAAAGCAGGCGGAAUAGAGCAUCUCGAGAAACAAUUGCUGCUUCAAGAGAAGAACUCCGACACGACGUCGGGUAGCGCGAACGUCACCCCGGCUACGAUCAGUCGCAGUUUAUAUGAACGUGUACUGAGUCGUCAAGCGAACAAGAUCGCCAGUCAACGGCCGGUACUGUCAUCUUCGCAGACUAGUUACGUGAACGGACCGGGCAGAGCGCAAUUUGAAGGCUUGGACGAUAUCCCCGAGGUGAAGAGUCUCAGGCGAUCGCAGAAGCCUCAAUACGUCACUAUCGAGAGACCCAAGUCAAACAAGAAAGGAAACGAAGAUAACGAUGAGGACGAGGAGGACGACAACGCCGAGAUAGCUUUCAGCGAAGAGCAGAGCGUCAAUAAUCCAUUAGACAGUGGCUCGUCUACGCAACGAGUGACGCCAAAUUAUGUGAACAUCCGACGCGCGCGACCUUCCACCACGACGUCUAGAAACGAGAACGAUGUGGGAGAAAGGGAGGUGGAUAUUGAGGAGGAUCAGCCGACUCGCAGACGACGACCCUUCUUCUCUCACAAGCAACAGGAUAAUGAGGCAAACUCUGAAACGUCCAAACCUUUCCGAAAUCGAAGUUCAGUUUUCAGGAAUUCAGAGAAGGACGACGAUUCGGAAGACGCGGAUCGAUCGGUAGAGAAAGAUGAUGGCUCAUCAACGACGAAAUCUAGGUACGUCAGCAUACAAAGAUUCCGAAGCACUACUUCGAAAACCUCCAAGGAUUCCGGCAGCGCGAUACCACCGUUAUCGGAGCCUACGAUCGAGACCACUUCAGCCACGAGAGUAUUAGAAUACCCUGAAACCAGCACUCCAGCCAGCCCAACGUCCACGACUAGCACGCCGACUACCUCGACGUCUACCGAAGUCAUCACCGUCAUCAGCGUCGAACCAUCGGACUAUCCAUCGAGCAUCGGUCCAGUGUUCAAUGCUAGCGCCAUCAGUUCCACCACGGAGCCGGUGAAGCUGGUGGAAGAUUCUGCGACGGAGAUCCUGCUGACCACGGUGCCAGCAAGCAGCGCGAGCCAGUUGACGACUACGACCACGGCGAGUAGGUCGACGAUCGCCGCGGUGUCGCAGCCGCGACCGUUUGGCUUUACGAGGCGAAAAUCCGGCGGCUCGUCAGAUACAGCGACGACGACGACGACCCCCUCGAGCAACCAAGUGAGGCCCAAGGUCGCCGAUUCGGAAGCUAUCAGGCUGCCGACCCUGAAGGAGCUGAUCGGCUAUCCGACGACCUACGAUUAUACCGUCACGGCGCCGUCGUCCGUGUUCUCGCACUUGCCGCGUUUCGACGUGGACAACGACAUUAGCCGGCAGGCUGUCGAGGAGUCAGAACUCGGCGGGACCAACGAUCCGUUGGAUCCGCCGAGCGAACUCGCGUCAGAGCGCGCGAGAGAGCUCAUCGAAGAGUCCAGCGACUCGUGGCUGCGACAAGCCUCCGAGAGCAAAGUGAGAUCUCGUGCUGCACAGAGCAAGGAUGAUCCUGAAGAACGAGCAUCGGCCACGAGCGCUAUUCGGAAGGAUGAGAACAAACCGGAGCAGCCUUCGACCGCGAUGUAUCUGAAGCCGACAACGAUGCGCGGCCUUCCCCUCGCGAGCCUGACUCCUAGCUCGGUGACGCGUGGCUUUUACGUCACCAAGAACGACAACGAGCCAUCGUCGUCCACGUGGACGGAAAGUUUCGCGUCAUCUUAUGCUCCCAUCGAGCAACAGACGGAGACCACUCCGAUCCUUGGCGUUCCCACCGUCGCUCGUAACGAUCAGAGCGAGGUGGAGUCGAGCACCAUCGACGACCGCGCGAACAAUAUCAUCAGCAACGAGAACGAAAACGCUCGUGAAGCGAAGUUCACUACCUUCGGCUUCUCAACGGUUUCCUCAGAGGAUUCCAACAGCGUGGAGAACACUGCGGAUUACGAAGAACUCGAGGUAACCAUGAAUCCCGUCGACGGCGCUGCGUUAAAGAGAGGGAAAUCGUUACGUGGAUUCGGCCGAGACGCAACGUCUCUUCCUGACGCGCCCGUCAUCUCUCCGACGACACCAACGAGGCGAGCCAUCGCCCUCGCAAUCAGCAAAUACAACGAACUCACCACUCCGCUGUGGACUGGGAAACGUAUAGUAACCAAGAAACGCAUCAGAACCACCAUCUCGCCGAUCAAAGACGCCAUAAGGCGAACCGAGGACAGUUUCCUUCGCAGCACGGCGAGUGUCUUCAGAGGAGACUCUGUGACGACACAGAGACUUCCUGUGAGAAGUCGUACGACCACAGAAGCGACGAUGACUUUGACCACCGACUCGUCGGUCGCGGAGAGUGACCCUUGGAUCGUAAGCACGUCGGAUGAUCUCGUCGGAGAACUCACGUCAAAAGUUACAGAAAAUCCUGCGACCUUAACGACACCCGCGUCGACAGACGUCAUGGACGAUUCUACCGCGACCGGCUCCACGAUCACGACCACGUUCGCAGAGGACGAAACCACCUUUGCGAACGCGAACUAUGCCAUGGCUGCUGCGGAUUCAACUGCGAUCGCGAGCGACUCCACGACGAUUACCGCGGAUAAAACUUUUGCUUCCACGAUCACAGAUUACCACACGUUGACAAUGUCGACGAAGGCGAGCACGCAGGCGAUGGAAGCCGAUUCCGCAAGCACCGGACUCGAGAGCACCAUCUCCACGAUCGCGGAUCGCUCGGCGACUACCGAUACGCCCGCGAUCGGCAUCACCGAUCCUCUGAUCACGACGUAUACACCCGCGAUUGAGAGUGUCCCCACGAAUCAUCCCACGACCACGAUUCCGCAAACUACGAGCAUGCACGAAAUUGCAAGCGACUCUGAACCCGGAACUACAAUUGAAACCGCGAGCACCGAAGCUGAGGAUAUCUCUACAGUCGCAAGUUACUCCGCAAACACUAUCCCGAUGACUGUCGAAGAGGAACACUCGACCAAGACAGUGCCAGAGACCAGCACCUCUUGGACAGUGCCACCGACUGAAAUCGUGAGUGUAACUGCACCCAUCUUUGCAGGCGCAAAUUACGCGAACGCUAUUUCGACGACUAUCCAAGAGGAACACUCGACCACGACAAUUCCAGAAACUAUUACCAGGAUAACACCGACUGAGAUUGUGAAUACGACUACGUUCAUCUCUACAGUCGCAAACUACUCCGCAAACACCAUCCCAACAACUAUUCAAGAGGAAUACUCGACCACGAUAGCUCCAGAGACCACUGCUUGGAUAACACCGAAUGAGGUCGCGAGUGCGGCUGCACCCACAACAGACACAGACUCGAUGACGACGAUGACGGAUGCAACAGUCACGACUGAGUUUGCCGCGGCAAUUAUUCCCGUAACUACCGAUCUCGCAAACACGGCUACAGCGUCCGUAAGUGCGAGUGUAGCUUCUACGGUUACUUUCGUCACGAAUGCCGACAACUCGUGGACCACAACCGAUUCUGAGAGUUCCUCAGAGACUUCGUCAGAACUUCCCGUUACGAACGCGGAGCCGAUUUCAACGGAGCCAACAAUCGCGAUGACUUCAACAACCGAAUCAUCCACGAUAUCGCUCACAGCCCCGAUGGCUCGUGACGUCGACGUUGAUGUCGAAGUACCAAGCGUCACAGAGACCAAACAGUCCGCUCACACCACUGAGAUUCUCAUGACACACGAAACUUCCCCAAAAUCCACCGUGACGACGACCUCGAUCCCGAAAUCCCUCGCCGAUACCGAUUCCGGAACGUCGACAGCUACGACUGCGUCCUUCACUCAAGUCGAGACUACCGCGACCAACCGGGCUUCUUCAACCCUCGUCCCAAUCGAGUCCACAGUUCUUUCGUCGAUUCCCGCGACCUCCCGCGAGUCGCUUGUGACGAACGUGACACUUGGAACAACUACGAGAAACACGUAUGAAACGAGUUCCGUAAGGACGAUGAGAGAAGAGCCUAUCAGACCGGGACUGAAGACAGUCUCCGAGGAGACUGCUGCAAGGCCCGCGCAAAAUCGAACAAGAGGUCGGACAAGGUCGGAAUUGGCCGCGAUCGGUCAUGAAUUCGGCCGGAGAACCUCGGAGCGAAUCGUAGUUCAUCGUCGCGUUAUAAAUCGGCCAAGUAAUGGAGACGUCGAGACGCCCACGACAAGGCGGCCGACCAGGCAAUAUCCUCGACGCCGAGUCACGGUGUAUCGUGGCCAACCACAAAGACCGAUCUAUACCCCGUCGUGGAGGGUGAUCCAGGAGAAUCGUAGGAGAAGAGUCGUACAGAAAAGACUACGAUCUGGCUCCGAAGCAACCAACGACACCGUCAGAUCCGACGAGAAUGUCGUCGAUGUUCGGAAUAGCGUUAGAGAAAACGUUUCGCACGAUCGAGUAGAAGAUGUGCGAAGAAGAACGAAGGUAGUAUUGAAGAGAGUCAUAGAGAAAGUCGAGAAAAAAGAAACGAGUACUUCCCCCGCAGCAGAGACUCCAGUGGUACUUGGAGAAUCGUCCAACUUGACGAAAGACGCGGCGAUUCGAGCUUAUCGUGAAGAUACGAAGGCAGGGAGAAGACGGAAAAUUGUACUGAAAAGAAUAAAGUCUCAACCUGACGGCAACUUUGACGAAGAAGCUAGUGGAGACAUCAGUUCUCCCGAUAUAAGUUCUUCACGCGGAUCGCAAAGCGUUCUUCGCACAAGCGGGAACCUCGAUGAAGCGGAAAAGAUGAGGAAAAAAACGAGAGUCGUAUUGAAGAGACUCAAAUCCGCAGAGAUGAACUCCACGACCAGAAGAGUACGCGUAGAUCCCAAUUUCAGCGAGGAAAAUAUCUCACACACUCUUCCGACUAAUCUUCGCGCCGGCAACAGCUUUCCCGACGAAGAAAACACAAGGAGAAGAAUGAGAGUUGUACUGAAGAGGAUCAAACCUGUCUCCAAAGAGAGAAACGCGGCCGAAGAAACGAAUGCAGAUCAAGAUAUCACCAACGAGAAUCUCCAAGGCGAUUUCUCGAGUGGCACUCGCACCGGCAAGAGUCACUUCGGUGAGAGAACAAACAGAAGAAUGCGAGUCGUACUGAAGAGCGUGAGACUCAAGCCCGAGACAGGGAACGCAGCGAGCGAAGAUCCCGAUUCUACCGACGACGAUCUCCAAGGCAAUUUCUCGAGCAAUCUGUACGUGAGCGACAAUCUUCCCGACGGCGAGGAGAAGACGACGAGAUCUGUACCCGCAGAAGAAGAAGCGACGACGAGCGAACAGCCGGUGGAGCCACGUACCACGGAGGCGCCGUCUGUUCGAGUCGAGGAGGACACUGAUCGGCCCUCACACGAGGUAAAUACCUGGACAAUCGACAGUAGCGCAUCCGUUAGUCGCAAGUCGGCCAUCGGACGCACCACCAGACAGAGGAUAACGAUGACGACGCGCUCAACCGCGGCCACUCCAGCAGCCAGCACUCUGUCCACCGCGUCGACCGCUCAACGAAGAAGUAGACCUUUUGCGGAAAGCACAUUGUCAUCGAGAAUGGAUGUUGUCGGUCCGUACGAGUUCACCGAGCAGUCAUACGUGAAAGCCGCCGGCGUCGAGGUCGACCAGAGAGCGGACGUGUCCGAUCAGAGCACCCGCGCCCAAGAAUUCGCAGUGACAGUGGCGGACCCGCCAUCCUCCUCGUCGUCGGACACUGGUCGCGCGCAGUUAAGGGACGCCGUAAGGCGCAAGAUAAGCACCACCAUAGCACCUAGAACCGAUUCUACCCCGGUGAGUAGGACGGUCUCGAGGUACAACAGCGUCUCGAGGAGUCGGCAAGGGUCCAAGGCGAAGGACAGGCCCACGGUGAAUGCGACCACGAGACCUAGGAGACCGCCGGUCGUCGACUACGACUAUUACGAGGACGAGGUGCCGAUCGUCGUCGGCAAGGCUCUCCUGAACAGCAAGCUCUUCCUCACGAGCAAGGGCACGAUACGCUGCCUUGACCAGGGCAACUUCCCGCACCCGUACUCGUGCAAGAAAUUCAUCACCUGCGCUCGUAUGGUGAACGGCCAGGUGAUCGGGACCGAGUACACCUGCCCGGCCAAGUUGUCCUUCGACCCUGUCGGCGGUAUUUGCAAUUGGUCCGCCGGUCUCGGUUGUAAGGACUGACCGAGGUUACCUUGACUACUCGACGGUCAUAUCUUCACACAUACACAUACACACACACACACUUCGAGCGUGAGAAAGUUACCUGAGGACCGUUCGCAGCAAUCGCAUAAUUUUUGCUUUCUCAAUAUAUCGUAAACGCGAGGCUACAAUUAUUUGAUAAUUAUCUGGUAGCAAAGAACAGGUAAAUCGUGACUAUGUUCAAGCGAUGUAUUCUCUUUAUUUAUUUCCGCCACUUGUGGGAAAUAUCUUUAGCGAGGUAUGCGAUUGUCGAGUAGUUAAGAUUACCGAUUGCGACGCUCUUCUGGAAGUCCCCGACUUCUCGCGAGAAAUAAGUUUACAUAAAUUCUAUGCUGAUUUAUUCCCUUUCCGCGAGGGUAUAUUAUACUUUAGACUCGAACUCUCCCGUCGUUAAUCACUCGCGUAGGAUUACUUUGGAUUAUUCGUUCGCCGAGACCUGACGCGGUUGUCGAAGAGGCCGUAUCUCUUCUCCGUUCUCUUCUAUUCUACGGUAAUCCUUUCGUUUGUUUGAACUCUCUUGAACUUUUCGUUUGAACUUCUCUGUGUGAGCAGAGAAACAAUGUUGCAAUCUAACAGAACACAAUGUCGCGUUCAAUGUUUAAUCAUUGACUCUCUACCAAAGCGAUUCUUCCAUUCUUGAGAAACUUUUCUUAGGAGAGAUACGGGCUUUUCGAAAGGACCAUUUACGGUUACUACAAAGCGGGCUAUUUUUCCCGGUGAUUAUUCCGACAAAGCGUGCACUGAGAGACGAACACUUGAAAUUUCAUUUGUGAGGUAUAAAAUUCAUCUCAUUGAGACAAAAACUUUGCAUCUCACAGAUAAAUUUUCAAAUAUUUCUUCCUCAGCGUACGGUAAAAGUAUCAAUAGCCGAACAUACAUCCUAAUCCUAGACAUUCUUAUUGUAUUUGGUCUUAAAAUAGAAAUAUUUAAACCUUUAACAUAAUAUAUA